AAAGAAGAUUUUGGAAGACCUUGACAUGGAACCAGGCUGGUCUAAUGACUUGUUUGAUCCCCACCCAUAAAAUGCUUUCAAGCACACAUGCUUUGUAUAGCACAAAUGUUUUCUUUCUCUACAGUCAGCUACUAUAGUAUACUUGAAGUAGAAUCAUAGAAUCAUUUAGGUUCAAAAAGACUUUUAAGAUCAAGUCCAGCCGUUAACUGUUAACCUAGCACUGCCAAAUCCACCACUAAACCAUGUUCUUAAGUGCCACAUCUACACGUUCUGUUAGAUUUCUCCAGAAGGUGGCUCAACCACCUCCCUGGGAAGCCUGUUCCAGUGCUUGACCACCCUUUCAGUGAAGAAAUUUUUUCCUAAUGCCCAAUUUAAACCUCCCCUGGUGCAACUUCAGGUGAUUUCCUCUUGUCCUGUAUCUUAUUAUUUGGGAAAAGAGACCAACACCCAGCUGCAUGCAACCUCCUUUCAGGUAGAUGUUAGGGAGCAAUAAGGUCUCCCCUGAGCCUCCUUUUGUCCAGACUAAACAACUCCAGUUCCCUCAGCCGCUCCUCAUAGGAGUUGUUCUCCAAAUCCUUCACCAGCAUUUUUGCCUCUCUGGACACGCUUCAGCAUCUCAAUGUCUUACUUGCAGUGAGGGGCCCAAAACUGAACACAGCAUUUGAGGUGUGGCCUCACCAGUGCCUUGCAAGGGUACCAGUACAGAGGGGCAAUUGCUUCCCUAGCCCUGCUGGCCACACUAUGUCAUUCACAACCACAAUAACUGGGUCUUUCAGUAAUUAAGGUAGUAAUUUAAAACUGACUUCUCUUAAGAUAAAUGUCAGGAGUCCUAACCUUACUUUUCUACAGAUUUCGUAUUAGAAAUAUUAAAACAGUUGUAAAACUAGAUGACUUAUUUGCUCUGUGAAGUUCAUUUUCUUUCUUUUGAAAAAACAGUAAAAGUGGUUAGAGAAAACAGUCCUGAGAAACAUAUUUAAAAGAGUUAGUAAGUGGGCUCAUUUUAGGAAAUACUGAAUUGACUUAUGGAAGUUGCAUACCCUCACAGAAGUGCCUUGCUGCUAGCUACAAAACUCAAUUUUCAGAAUUCAGUCCAAUUUUUUUUUUUUUAAAUUUUUAAAAUAUUUUUUAAAUUUUUAAUUUUAAAUUUAAAACUUUUAAGUUCUACAGGUGUCAAGGUGUAUUUACAAGGGAACAUGCAAAGAAACUUAAAAACAGUAACUGGACUGGAAAUCAAUAUUGUACUGUACGUUGAUCUAUCCAUGCUCUGAUUUUAAAGGGAUUACUUAGCGGUGGACUAGCUGUAAUGGAGUGAGAUGAAGAGAGGAAAAAGUACAGUGGCCACCCAAAGAAACUUACAACCCAUGCAAUGUAUAAAGUUCUUGCAGUCAUUACCAUGAAAGUCAGAGAAGCAAUACCUCAGGAAAAGAACUUAGACUGGCCUGAAUGAACAAUUCUUCACAUUCAAAAGAAUUUACUAUUUUUCCUCUCAAUAUCUUAGCCUGAUUUACAGAUACUAGGCCCAUGAAGUACUGUAGGCAUAUGUCAGACUUGUUGCCAGCCUCUGUAAAAGAAAAUGGCAAGGGAGCACAGGCAGAGCUGAAAGUGCAAAAGAGAAGACUGGAAGUUUGCAUAUUGACACCAUCAUCAAAUAGAAGUGAUUUUUUUUUUUCCUCUUCCAUUUAUAGGAGGUAUUUAGCAUUAUUAUUGCAUAUGAAAAACACAGUGCAACUUCUUAAAAUUCUAAGUAUUCUUUCAACAGUGUUUCUUUGGGGAAUUUAUGGUUGAUUGUAAAUAUUUUUGGAAAUGUAAUAUUCAGACCUUCUUUGGUUUGACUAGCCUUACUUAUGGGUAAAACAAGGUGAAAUUUUAAGGGGGCUUAUAUGUGAGGAAACUGAGGUGUUGUUAAGCUAAGAUGGUAAUGAUUUUUAUGUCUUAUUGUUACAGAUAAGUUAGUGUACGUUUCCUGUGAUUCAGAUGUGAUCUUUAAUGCAUCUGCUGUCAUGGUUUUCUGGCUGAAGGUGUCAGUAGCAUGACACGACUUAUAUUGCUGCUUUUCAGUUGGAGAUUUUGGGGUGUCAGAAGUUUAGAAAUGACUUGUGUUAAAUGUGGAAGAAUAUCAUUAAAGUACAUAGUUAAAUUUUAUUUUACCUUAUCCUAAGUGUGUGUGUAAGAGUCAGUGUUGCUUUUCUCAAGUUUAAACUGAUUUCUGAAAGAUGGGUGGUGUUUCAAAUUGCCACUACAAAGAAGAGUAAAGGUGGUUUCUGUGCCUUCCCUGAGAAAUUCCAUAGGUUAACUUUAACAAUUUUUUUAAUCACUUGAAGUCUGAAUUUCAUUGAUUUAAUCUGUCUUGCAGUGAGAAACUAUUCUUGUAAGCAUUUUUUCCCCUUCAGAUUUUGAAACAUGCCCUUGACUUUAAUACUAAUUCAAAUAUACUUUGUUUAGAAAAGAUGAAAGUCCUAUUCCCUUUUUAAUAGAUUGCUCUACUUGUUCAUGCCAUAAAUUGUGGCAUUUAUAAAAUGGGCAUAAUAAUGUUAACCUCUUUUUCAGAAAGCUUGGUGAAAAGUUAUAUAAUACUGCUUUCUCUGUAUAGAAAAAAAUCAGGUGACUUUAGUAACCUUUUAUUAUUUUGUCUUUGAAUUGGUACAGAAAUCUAUUCUUCUGUUUUUCGUACGAACUGGAAAUAUCUGGGCUAGAGUUUAACACUUCACUGUAAGCAGUAGUGCUGAUGCAUGUUAUCACCAAGGUUUGGCGUAUUCUUUUCCAGUGUUUUGAUUUAGACCCAUCUUUAAUCUCUAUGAAUCCUAAACAAUGACAAUUUUUUUUUUUGUGGUUGUUAUUGUUCUUGGGUAGUUUCCAGAAAGGAGGUGAAACCUUUCCUCUAAAGCAAGCACCAGAAAUCACUGUCUAGUUUGGGUUUUUCCAGUAUUUUACAAAUCUUGGUGUAGAGAUGUUACUCUAAUAUAAACUCUGGACAUUCCUUGGUAAAAGAAAACCACGUGGUUUGAUUAGACUUCUCACUUCUUUGCCAGUACUUGGAGACUAGCAGUGUGCUGGAAAGAGGCAUUUCCCGCGGAGAGAGCAACUGAUUCACACUAGCUCACUGUCUGCCUGCCAUGGAAGUGUUCCAGGAUUGGCUAUUCACUCUUAUUGGGGGUCUGAUCUGUUUCUGUACUCUGGUAAAAUGCAUCAGAUUUAUGAAAUAUGUUUUCCCACGUAUCUGGAGUGCUUUGUCUCAGACUUUCUUUCAGUCGCUGGGAGAAUGGGCAGUGGUCACAGGAGCAGGAGAUGGGCUUGGAAAAGCAUAUUCCUUUGAGCUGGCAAAACGUGGAUUAAAUAUAGUUAUGAUAAGCAGAACUCUUGAAAAACUGCAGAGAGUAGCCUCUGAAGUUGAGCAGGCCACAGGUAAAAAAGUGAAGGUUGUACAAGCUGAUUUCACUAAAAAUUCCAUAUAUGAGAACAUUGAAAAAAGUCUGCAAGGCUUGGAUAUUGGUGUUCUGGUUAACAAUGUUGGAAUGCUUCAUAAUCCUCUUCCGUGCCGUUUCCUUAAUGGACCAGACGUAGAUGAGAACCUUGUGAACUGUAACAUUAUUUCUGUUACAAAGAUGACAAAAAUGAUUUUGAAACAAAUGGAGCUAAGACAGAAGGGUCUUAUUCUGAAUCUAUCUUCUGGUCUGGGUACUUUCCCUUGUCCGUUAUAUACAAUGUACUCAGCUUCUAAGGCUUUCAUAAGCACGUUCUCCAAAGCACUACAAGCAGAGUAUAAGGCAAAGGGAAUUAUCAUACAGGUAGUGACUCCUUAUGGUGUUUCCACUCCAAUGACAAUGUACCAAAAACCCAAUCUUAUUACAAAGACGGCAGAAGAAUUUGUUAGUGAGUCACUGGAUUAUGUCACCUUUGGAAAUGAGAUUUUUGGAUGUUUAGCCCACGAAAUGCUGGCAUGUGUCCUGCAGUUCAUCCCUUUGUGGGUAUUCCACAGCGACAGACUUCAAGAAGCAGUCCUGCAUGCAUUUAGCAGUUAUCUAAAGAAGAGGUGGAGGAACUCCUAACAGAGUCAUUUUUCUGGAAGAUGUGCAAUGGGAAACCCCAGCAAGAUGCAUUUUACUGUGUCUCUGUGUGUGUGUGAAUUUAGAAGGAAUCAAAUCAGUUUGAGCUUGUGAAGUAAUAAGUGAUUUGAUCCAAUGAAUCUAUUAAGUAAAUUAAUUGUUGUCUCUUUUCAAAGACCAUAACAUUUGCUAGAGCUGUUCCAGUGGCUCUGGUGGGCCCUCGAUAGGUUCUAAGAAAUUUGUUACUGUUUUAAUAUAAGCUUGGAGGCCAAAAAUAUUUACGCUUAUUUGAUGUUUAUGA